AUGGUGGAAAUAGGCCAUAAUAGAAGAGCAAAGAGAUAUGCCUUAGAAAUAUGUCAGUGGUUGGACGCAAUACUAAAAGAUGAAAGUGUGGAUGAGAGCAUUGAAUAUGAGAUGAAUAACACUGUGGAAGGAUUAAGUAGGCAGUUGGUAGAGGUAAAGAAGAGCAACGACGAAUAUAAAAAGGAGUUGGAGGAAUUGAAUUCAAAAUACUUGGAAAUAUCAGAGUAUUUAUCUGUUAAGAAUAAGUUACAGGAAGUAAUUCGAGAGUAUGAGGAAUAUAAGUCAGAUAAUGAGAGGAAAAUAUACCAAUUAGAGAAGCUAAAUGAUGAGUUACAGGAGGAAAAGACUCGAUUGGAGCUAAGAGGAAAAACCUUGGAGGAAAAUAACAGGGAAUUAUUGAAGAAGAAUGAGGAACUGAUUAGAAAUAUGGAAGAGAAGAUUAGAGAGAUUGAUCAGAAGGUUUAUGAAAAGAUAGAGAUUGAACAGGAACAUUUUAGAAAGGAAGAAGAAUAUAAGAUCUUAUUGGAUAAGAAUAAGAGCGAAAAGAAUGAGUUACAGAAUAGAUGUAAAGGGCUGGAGGAGAUGUUAAAAUUACAGGAGAAGGAGUUAAAAGAUGGUUUUUCAAAGGAAGUUAGUGAGAAAGAGUUAAAGAUUCAAAGUUUAAGUGAAGAGUGUAUGCAUAAUAAGUACAGAAUAACAGAACUAGAAAAGCUAUUAAAAAUGGCAGAGAAUGAGCAGUUAGUAAGUAAGAACUACAGAUCUCUAAUAGAACAAUAUAAGAAUAGAUUACUGGUAUUGGAGAAUUCCGAAAAGAGUUACCAAGAACUUCAGGAGAAAUGGAGUAACCAAGAAAGGCUUCUGAAACAACAGGCACAGAAACUGGAACAGGCUGAGGGUUGGCUAAAGAGAAUGGUGGAGCUAGAACAGGAGAAUUCAACUUUGAAUCAGCAAAUAAAACAAUGGGAAACUAUGGCAUUUAGGUACACUCAUAAUUUGAAAGUUUUGAAUAGGGAAAGUACAGGUGGUCAAAUAAAGGAUGAGUCGGAUGAUUUUGAAAUGGGAUCACAAAGUGAUACUACUAAUCGUAAUAUAGAGUAUGAUGCUGAUACUGGUACCGGUACCGGUACUAAUAUAAAUUCAGAUCAUAAAAAUAGUAAUCAAAAAUCAGAGGAAAGGAAAGUAAUAUCUCCAACCAGUGUUUUAAGUGCAAUAUUUGAGUUCCAAAGACGUUACCAGGAUGUUUUAGUUUCUAAAACUGUAAUAGAGACAUCUAAAGUAGAAUUGGAAAACAAGGUCGAUAUGCUGGAGAGUAAAUUACAGGUUUGUCAGAGAGAGAUUAAGUAUUACGAAGAUGAGUUAAGCUCAAAAUCUGAGGAGAUUCAGAGAAUAUCAGAGGAGAAUAAACGUUUAGAAUGUGAGACUAAGGUUUUGAAAGAAUGUCUGAGUAAGGAAAGUAAAUCAUCAUUUAUAUAUGGAGUAGCAGAUAUUGGACUAGAGGGAGAAGAAAAGGGAGAAACAGGAGAAGGAGAAGGAGAAGGAGUGAAGGAAGUUAAUAAAGAAAUAGUUAAAGCUUAUCUUACAAAAUAUACUCAGAGAGAAAUGGAAGGAAGUAAAGGAAAAGAUGAUAUAGGAGAAAGUACUGGUAUACAAGAGGAGAAAGGAAGAAUAAUGAAAAUAGAGGCUCAAAGAAAGGACUUGGAAGAGAAGAUGAAAAUAAUAACACAUUUGGAGAGUGAGUUGAAGUUGAGGAAUGAGGAGAUCAAGACAUACUGGAGCAUAAGGGUAGCAUAUGAUACAUUAACCCAAGAAAGGGAUUCUUUAUUAGAGUCAUCAAACAGCCUUCAGGAAUACAAUAAAGAAUUAAAAUCUCAAUUAGUUUCUUUAAAUGAGAAGCUUAAGAUGUAUGAGCUAUCAUCUAAGGUAUCCAGAGAUUCAAGCCAAAAUAACAUUCAUUUUGGAUCAGUGGAAGUAACUGGUGAAGAUGCAAUCAAAGUGGAUGAACUUGGUGGUGAUGAGAGUUAUUCAGUUUUUAAAGAUAAAUACUAUGAGGAGCAAAGACGAAACCAGACACUUAGUGAAUAUUAUAUUAAGGAAAGAAGUAAUUUGGUGGAUGCAAUAUCCAAUAUUUUGGGAUGGAGGAUAGAAAUCAUAUAUGUAGAAGGUGGAUUGACAGCUUAUAAACUUUCAAACAUAUUUUCAAAUCAUGGAGGAGAGUUAAUAUUUGUUAUAAGGCCAGCUCCUGCUAUUGGUGAAGGAGGUGGAACAGGUGGAGGAACAGUAAACCCAACAAAUGCAGUAACCACAACAUUUUUGUUAACAAAUGAAAAUAUGGUUUCAGAGACGGAAAUGGAGGAGCAGUUAACACUGGACUUUAUAGGUUAUUAUGCAAAUAAGUUUGAAGAGGAUUCGAAUUGGGCUUUACAACUAACAGCUACACAAUCUUACCCAGCAUUUAUGGCAUAUACAUGCUUGGAGGAGUUUCAUAAUACUAAUAUAGAGAGUAUUGUUAAUAACAGUAAUUCUCAACAAGAUUCAGUACCAGAAAAAUCACCAGGUACAGUAGAACAGGGUAACUCUAAUCAAGGGACUUUAGUAUUUGAAGCUCCUUCAAUGGUACCUUCUAAAAAGAUUCCAGAAGUAACAGAGCAAGGUUUAAUUAAGACAAAAAGAUUGAGAGAAGACACUAGUUGGAUUCACCCAAAAGAAUGA